AUGACAGUGAUUGACAAUGACUCCAAGUCAAAUCGCAGACAGCAUUCAAACCUUGAGGGCCAAAAAGCAGCCCUUUUUCCCAAAGCAGCACAAACAAGAGAGGGGAUGGUAGAGAAAAAAGCGACUUCAAAACAAGCAUUUAUGAUACGAGGGGAUACAUCAAAGUUGCCACACUUUUUCUCUCCACAAAAUAACUUUGUAGGCAGCAGUCCUGCGUGUACGCUGGCGUACAUGCAUGUGCGUGCUGCUGCAGUAGGAGGGAAUGAUGUAGUCAAAAGGAAAGGAAACCAUGUAUCAUCUCAUGCAUACGAAGAUGGGAGACAAUACAAGUCCCCUCUAUUCCUCAAAGAGGUGUUGGGAUGA